AUGACAGGGGAGAUGACAGGUGAGAUGACAGGGGAGGUGACAGGCGAGGUGACAGGGGAGGUGACAGGCGAGGUGACAGGUGAGGUGACAGGCGACGUGACAGGCGAGGUGAUAGGUGAGGUGACAGGCGAGGUGACAAGGGAGGUGACAGGUGAGGUGACAGGCGAGGUGACAGGCGAGGUGACAGGGGAGGUGACAGGCGAGGUGACAGGGGAGGUGACAGGCGAGGUGACAGGGGAGGUGACAGGGGAGGUGACAGGGGAGGUGACAGGCGAGAUGACAGGGGAGGUGACAGGGGAGGUGACAGGCGAGGUGACAGGGGAGGUGACAGGCGAGGUGACAGGGGAGGUGACAGGCGAGGUGACAGGUGAGGUGACAGGGGAGGUGACAGGUGAGAUGACAGGGGAGGUGACAGGCGAGGUGACAAGGGAGGUGACAGGGGAGGUGACAGGCGAGGUGACAGGGGAGGUGACAGGCGAGGUGACGUGA